ACUCCGGAGUGCAAUAGCCACUUUUGACACUAGAGCGCUCCGGACUCCGGAGUGCAAUAGAUUUUACCAUGGUUAAAAUCGUCAAGAAUCGUAGUGACGUAGUUUGAACGUUUCUCGAAAGUCUUGUGGUGUCUUGUCUGGUGGGUCUGGUUUUGUUCUGGUUAUUGGCACUUGGCAGAACUUUGGCACACUGAUAUCAUAUCUUCGUAAGGUUCUACUGUUUGGAGUGUUAUCACAACGUGAAUUAAAAUAAAAUGGAUGAAAAUGAAAAGUUUCUGGAGAGAAAGAGGAAGUUCUCGUCUUCAUUUCUUGAUCAAGAAAUUGAACAGGUUGCACCUCAAAACAAAUUUGAGCAAAUAAGAAACAUUAGUGAGCAGAAGAACCAGCAGGUGCAACAAAUGUUUCUGUCCGUUGGCAAGAUGAAGAAAAUCCAUGCUGUGUUACUGGUGGACAGGCCAUUGAUGAACACAAUCCUAGACAAAUCAGAAGAAAAGAUUUUAAGUCUAAUGACCUGUUUGCGCCAUCGUCUGCGCCUGCCGUUUCAUUCCAAGAUAGGAACCGGUAAACAUAGCGUCACGGCCGACGAUUGCUUCGAGUUUGACGCUCUCCUAACCUCGAGAGAAAUUGGUGGCGCUGGCAGUUACCCGUUUGUCUCAAAUAAGGAAGUAACGAGCAACACGUACGAGACCUUACUUCAGCUUAUCAACGAAUUUGAUGCAGCUGGAACCGCAGAGAUUUUUCGUCUACUUCUUGAGCGGAGAAUCGCUAUUCCCUUAUUUCUACCGGACUCCAAGAAGCACUAUUUAAGGCUAUUGAGGCACAUUACCUUGCCUGACGGGAUCCGUUUAGGAGAAGACAAGACACUGAUGCGUGUUGCUGUGAUCUCCUGCCGCCAACGGAAAGAGAGUCAAACUACUGAGAUCCUCAAGAACCUCUUUCAUGUUGAGAGCGUCCAUUCUCAUGAUUUAUCAAAUGGCUGUAACUUAUCCAACACGUCUAUUGCUGAAAUUGGAAAUGGUUUUGUAUUACCGAGUGGACCUGGACGUGAAAAAGGUCAGCAGGUUUUGGUACUCCACGUUAUUGGGGAUUUCAAAUCGUUGUGGCCGUUCCUGUACCACUUCGCUGACUGUUUAUUAGUCGAAGAUUCUACUGUCGAAGAGGAGAGUUUCUGCCCGACGUUUCUCAAGAAAGAAGAAGAAACAUCGACCAGCGGCAAUUCGUCAGAUGUGACGUUAGCCUUUCCAUUUAUCUGUGUUUGGAAACCUUCGUUAGGAGGAACUUGCUGGAAAAAGACGGAGCUAGGCGGUUUCCAGCAGUUUCGCAUCGACGGUCAGCUCGCUGGAAUAACUCUUACCAUGAUAAGAAAAGUGGUCAAUAUGGCAAUGGACAAUUUUGAAGCACAGUCCCAGUCUUAUUCUAAAGAACGACUGAGUUUGUACCAAAUUCCUAUUUUGUUGGACGAUGGAUUCAGCGCGCUGGAGUGCGUGGCACCGACAGAAAUCGAACGGAAAAUCGCCGAAUCAGCUGUGAACUUGGGAGAAAUAAAGAAAAACAAUUUCCUUUUACAGAAGAACUAUAAGCAGCAGGCAAAACACGAGCAAGCUAAACUGGAGCAACGCCUGAACGAAGAAAAGUUGCAAGAAGAAGAAGCAGAGAUCAAGAAGUGUAAAGAUUUGCGCCGAGCUGAUGCCCGCGAUGUUCAAAAACAUCCAUUACUUCAGCUCUUUCUUCAUCUGCUAGCGGACCAAGACUCUAGUUCCCGUGUUUUGUCUGUCCGUGUACUGGAAAAAGUUCUAGCCGAACGUGGUAAAGUGGAACUUGAGCCUCUAUUGCUGAAGGUUAAAGACAUGUACUCCUCGUAUGUCGAAAAGCAAUCAAACAGCCCAAAGUUUAGCAACGAUGAAAUUAGAAAAGGAGAAUUGAAAUCAGCGCAAGAAGAACUUGAUUCGGCUAAAAAUGAACUGAUCGAAAGCGUACUGAACAUCGAACACCUGUGGAGAGAACUGAGUCAUUUGUACACCGCCAUGGAACCAGCAAGCCGGUCAGCGCCAAUCAAGAACAUUCCUCGUCUGGCCGCUCAGCACUUACUCGAUGGAUUCUGUCUGGAGCUUCUUGAUGGCGACUCCAACAUGAUCAAUCUUGAUUGGGUGAAUGAAGUUUUGCGUGAACUCAAAAUGCUGGUUGGAAACUUGAAACGGGAGCGAAUCUUUGUCCUGUCCGUCAUGGGCGUCCAGAGCAGUGGCAAGUCGACGUUGCUCAACACGAUGUUUGGUGUUCACAUGAGAACGAGUGUCGGACAGUGCACCCGGGGAGUCAACAUGCAGCUGCUGGCAGUCGAGGGCCGUUCCGAAUAUGACUUCAUUUUAUUGCUGGACACGGAGGGAACUCGAUCCCCCGAACAUCACAGUCUUCCAGGCAGCGAAAAACGCGACAAUCAGAUGGCUACACUUAGUAUUUUACUGGCGGAUGCUACAAUUGUCGUCACUCCAGGUGAAAAUGAUGCUGCGAUCAAAGAAAUCCUUCCUGUCGUGUUGAUGGCCUUCCAAGGAUCGAAACUGGCCGAAGAGAAUGGCGGCCGACUGAGCUCCAGGAUGUUUUUCGUUUACAACAGGAUUGACACGAGCCAAAAGGACAAGUUGAACAGCAUCGUUCAAACUCUAGGAACGUCCCUCCAUGAAUCUUUUAGCCAAGUGCAAAAGUUGAUCGGGAAUUCGGCCCACCUCAAGUCGGAGAGCAGUCCGUUCAGGAGCUUCAAUCUUGACACGUCACACGCAUCCGGUAGUGACGUCUGCAUCCUCGGCAACGUCAAGGAGAAGUUUGAGCCACCUGGCGACGUCCCGGAUCCAGCCUUCGGUGAAGCUCUUGUCGAGUUCCGGGAGCACAUCCAUCGACGAGUGACUCAUCGCCGUGAGGAUGGAACCAUCUGGAGAAGUAAGUCGAUUGACGAAUUUUCAAGCUAUAUAAAAGAAGUAUGGAAAUGCAUCUGCUCGGCCGAUUUCACCUUCAACUUUGCCUCUAUUGUUGAAUGCACCACUUUUGACAAAUUGGAUUUCGAGUACAAGACGAUUGAGAGAAAAUUAGCUGAAGCCUAUCAAGAUUCCUUUGACAGUAUCACGAAGCUAAUGAUCGAAGAAAAAGGUGGAACGAUUGGGUCAACGUCGGAGUGGAAAGAAAACGAAAUUACCAACGAAAGUCGAAUGUCAUCGUUUGAAGCAAAAUUACGCGAAGAAAUGUCCGAAAUUGAGCAAAGUUUGGACUGCGAAAUGAAGGAGAUUGUGGCAGGAAAAGGUCGAGAAAAGUGGUGUCUACAAUUCCAAGAACUAUGGAAGGUGAACAAGAAAGAUCAAGCCCGGAAUUGGAUCUUUAGUUUGAGGACGAGUUUCAUAACUUUGUUUAAUUACGAACACCACGUCGAAAGUUACAAGAAAAAAAUGCGCCAGAGAAUUAACGAACUCUUCAAAUUGAACAUGCAAGAGAGCCAAAAUGACGAAAGAAAUCAAAUAUUUGAAGAUAUAUUUGACAACAUUUUGAUUGAGGCUCGUCAAGAAUUUCCCCCGAAAGAUAUCCCUGCUGAAAUUGUAAAGGUUUAUCAGAACAGUAACUUGAUCAAGAAAAGGCAGAUUGAAGUAAACCCGACUGUAGACCUUGCUAAUUGUGAGAAGCACCAAGAAAAGGAUCUUUCUUCCAACUCCAAUCCGUCGUUUUUGUGGAACACGAAGAAGUAUUUCGACAUGUUGUAUUCAAAGGUGUUGGGGAAGAAAUGCCACCAAAAUGUCAUCGAUUCUUGUCUUGAUAGAAUUCACUUGAUAGUCAAUGGAAUCGCAUGCGGCAAAUUACGUUACGACGAUAGCGUGGUUUCAAAUGUCAUCUGUGAUGUGGAUGCAGCAAUCACUGAACACAAUGUUUCCUUAAACUCUGAAGUUCAUCUGAUGCAUACCUACGGCCAGGUUCUGAUUAUCGAUCUGAUGCAACAAAUCGAAACAAGGUGGGAAGUGGAAAAUUCUGUAUUUGCCAAACUGACGCAGAGGACAGUCAAAGCGGAUUUGCGUCACUACUUCAUGAUGGUUUCCAGAGGCGUGGACAAGACUAAGCUGUUUGCCACAACCUUGGCCAGCGCAUUGGAGACGGCCGUCAUUUCUGCUUUCGAAAAAGAAAUGGUGAAGAGAACUUCGAACCGGAUUCGUAACGAACGAUGGUUGCAAGACGCCAGAUUCAUGCACAAGCACUUGGAUCUCCACCUGGUUGAUUUGCUGGAAAAGAAGAAAAUUUCUGAGGUGCUCGAGUUUAUUAAGAAACCAAAACAUUUGUACGAUGUGGUGCUGGGGCAGCUUAUUGCUCAAAAAGUUCCCGGAGUGGAUGAAGAAUGGCCAAAUUUUAUCAAUCAUCUGAAGCAAGCGAUCACAAACGCCGCCCUUGCUACAAAUGUAGUAAAAGGUAGGGCUCAGAGGUUUGUUGACCAACUUCGGAACGAGUUUUUAAACGGCUACCUGCAGAGUGAACAUCUAGCAUCAGCAUUUUUAAUCGAUUGCACUGGAGAAUAUGAGGACUGUGACAGUGAAGGCAAGAUGGAGUUUCAAGAGAUGUGUCUUAGCAGUUUGAUGCAAAUUCUGAAUGAUACAAAAUAUCCCAACAAUCAGCAAGAUUUCACUAAGAAACUGAGCCCGCAAGUUGUCAAAAACAUGAAGGCCUUGAAUGAUCCUGCGGCCCUCCCACGUUGUGGUGCAAGUUGUAAGUUGUGUGGAAGUUUAUGUAUCGAGACUGCCGAUCAUGACACGAAUCUCAGACCACAUGAUGCAAUCCACCAACCGACAGGGAUCGCCGGAACCCAUUGCAGCAAAAGCCUUGAAUUAGUUUCUAGAACGUGCAGUCAGUCGUAUGAAUGUGAUCGCAUAUUCUUUCUUCACGAAACCGGCCAGCAAGUUCAUCAAUUCAGAAACUUUGACAAGAUCUUUCCUGGAUGGAAAAAUCCUCGGAUCAACGAAGAGUUACAGGUUCGAGAAUAUAUUCUUGCUACUCACAAUGAAGACCUUGCCAAAACGUACAAAGUGAAACCUUGCGCUGACAUUCCUUCAAGUUUUUUCCGCGAUCUGGCCACCGUUAAGGAACAACUCAAGAGAGAACUACAAAACUGACGUGAUACCGAGUCCAUUCGAUUUAUAAUUACUUGAUGAAACGUAUGCUAUUGAAACGUGAUAAUGUAUACUCAACCUUGGAAUGAAUAGUGAUGAUUAAUUCUGAUUGAUUGUUGGUGAUGGGGAAACGAAAUUUUUAAUUUCUGUACUGUGUGCUAGAUGUUUUGUUUUCUUUUGUUUUAUUGUGUUAUGAUUUCGUAACCAUGGAAAAUGUGAUCGAUGCGAUCAGCAUUGUGUAUGGUGACACAGAUAACUAAGAAUAAAUUCACUCUUUUCUUCUUUUAUAA